AGAAGAAAACCAGUGUUUCACAUCAGAGCUAGAUGAGAUCUUCGACUAUGUCUUCGAUGGCGGUUUCUUCGGUUUCCGUAGUCGGGUUUAAGGGAGGUUUGGGAAAAUCGUUUAGUGGAGGUGAAGACUAUGGCAUGUUGGCUAAAUCGGUUCCGAACUUUGUUCGCGUCGGAAAGGCGGUUAGAACCCAGCCGGUGAUGAAGAACGUUAACGAAGGGAAAGGGUUGUUCGCACCGCUCGCGGUGGUUACCCGCCAGAUUGUUGGCAAGAAGAGGUUCAAUCAGCUUAGAGGAAAAGCCAUUGCCUUGCAUUCUCAGGUAAUUAAUGAAUUCUGCAAAGCAAUAGGGGCUGAUGGUAAACAAAGGCAAGGCCUGAUUCGACUGGCAAAGAAGAAUGGAGAGAGGCUUGGAUUCCUUGCAUGAUUUUAUGACCCUACACGGGUAUUUUUGUCUUUUGAUUAAUAUCACGAAUGUUCCAACUUCAUGUAGUUUUAUGUCAAGAA